CACGCAACGACCUUCCUUCAAAUCCGUAUACGUGACUCACCCACCUAUAUCAAGCUUCUAGGGUUACUGUCGCCCUUGUUGACGUGUUUCGUGCAGACGGACAGCUGGAACAUACAUAUUGUGUAUAAGGAAGCAACCUAUCUCCCUUACUUAGUAAACCAUCCAUUACUUGGCUUACCUUCUCGCCAGUCCUUAUCUCUAUUACCUUAAUCAUGUCUACAGACAAGAAGAUCAACGUCGGCGUGAUUGGCUAUGGUCUCAGUGCAAAGGUCUUCCAUAUUCCUUUCAUUCAGGCUCUACCAGACUACAACUUGUAUGCUAUUGUACAGCGAAGCCCAAAGUCCGGCGACGACGCGUCAGCCGACCACCCUUCAAUCAAGCUAUUCCGCAGCGCUGACGACCUUUUUUCCGACGAAAAGGUCGAUCUGGUCAUCGUCACCAGUAUCCCGGAGACACAUUACGAGUUCACUCAAAAGGCAAUCGAGAGCGGCAAGCACGUUGUGGUAGAGAAACCAUUCGUUCCUUCGUCCAAAGAGGCUAGAGAAUUGGUCAAGCUGGCAAAGGAGAAGAAGCGCUUGCUAGCCGUCUACCAGAACAGACGAUGGGACCAGGACUUUGUCACGCUGAAGCAGGUGUUGGCUUCCGGAAAGCUGGGUGAGAUCGCCGAAUUCGAGACGCAUUUUGAUCGUUUCCGCCCUGAACCUCCGACUCGCACGACCUGGAAAACGCAGGUCAGCCCGGCCAGUGGUGCGCUUUAUGACCUCGGAAGCCAUCUGCUGGACCAGGUUUACCAUCUGUUUGGUGCGCCCAACUCCGUCACAGGAUUUGUACAGGUACAACGGAAGGGACUCAAGACUGGCGACUCCCCGCCAGACGCUUGCACAGUACUGCUCCGCUACGGUUCGCCUGAAGACGAGAUGCUGGUGACUGUGAAGAGCUCUGCCAUCAGUCCAGAGCAAGACCAAUUGAGGUUCUGGGUCCGUGGUACCAAAGGCUCUUUCAAGAAGUACCACUUGGAUGUUCAAGAACCCCAGCUUCUUGGUGGUGUCAAGCUGAGCAACUCUGACUUUGGUGUCGAGCCCGCGUCUUCUCACGGCACAUUGACACUGGCUGAUACAGAUGGAAAGUUCAACAGCGAGACUGUUCCUUCCAUCGAGCCACCACCUACUUAUGUUGAAUACUACCGCAUUCUUGCAAAGGCAUUGAAGGGCGAGGGUGAGGUGCCCGUCAGCGGAGAUGAUGCUGCGGAUGUGUUGAAGAUCAUAGAGCUCGCCCAGGCGUCGUCAGACAACGGAAACUUGCAAGCUUGGUGAACACAUAGUCAGAAACAUAUUGAAUACAGCGACGAGCUGACUCAAGUCUCCCUGAUCUCUCAACUGUUCACUUGUCCUGCGUGAUCACGAUGGAAUGCCAUUAGACAUCGGUCGAAACAAUUAACUGGGCGCUCAACAACAAGGAAGCUACCAGCUGUGUGAUGAUUGAACCAAUGUCAGCCGAGAAGAUAUAACAACGCAUUUAAUUUUGGUAUCAACAUGAUGAGCAAUAAUACUGAAGCCAUACUGUGUAUCGAAAAUGCUGCAUAUGUGUAGUUU